AUGGCAACAAGUGAAAUUAGUUUAGUUGUUUUUGCCAUUAUUUUGUUUAUCGCUAUGAUCGCCGUUAUUGUCUUCUUCGUAAUAAUGAUCAAGAAACUUGGUUCUAAAAAUGAAGAUAUUCAAGAGGAUUCUUCAGUCGAAAUUCAGGAUAUGGAAGAAAUUCCAGAAGAAGACAGAAAGAAACACGAAUCUAUGAUGACAACUAUGAUCAAUGAAGAUGAUACUCCUUUCAAUGAAGAUGCAAAUCUUGACGAAUUCCAUUUUUCAAAGAAUGAACCUACUGAAUAA